GUCGAUUUUACAAAAAGUCGCACAAAGCAGCUCGAUUGAUUGAAUGUCGUAUGUUUUGUGUAUCUUAACGUCAUAUUUGGCGUUAAUUGUGGAAAUAACCUGAAAGGUACUUAAAAUGGCAUCAUCAAAGAGAAAAAUGAGAAUGACAGACUCUUCAACUCCAACAACCCUUCAGUUGCCAGAUGAUGUCAAACAGAAGUUCUCAGAAUGCAUGAAAAAUAAAGAUUUGAAUCUUAGAUCUAACUUAGAGGUUCUAUCUUACCUAUUAGAGCUACAUGAAGAAAACAUGCAGUAUUUUGAUGCGGAUAAUAAGAAACUUGAUGCAAAGAAAACAACUUUGACUAUGGAAGAGAAAAGUGAUACAGAGUGCAAAGCUUUGUUGGAUGAGUAUGAACAUACUGAGCUAAUAGAAGAACGGGACUCUGUUUUUUGGACAGAAGCAAAUGCGUUACGGCUAAAGGGAAAACUCUGUGAUAUAACUAUAUCUGUGUUGGGGAAUGGGAAAGAUCCCAAACAACAUGUUGAGUUUAAACUACACAAAUUGAUAUUAGUACAUGCCAGUGCUCAGUUCAAAGCUUUCUGCCAAGAGAACGUCUUAAAAGAUCACUAUGAAAUGCCCUGGCUAAGCAGUGAAGGCAUGAAUCUGGUUCUGCAACAUAUUUAUCGUCAACCUAUCUAUACUAGGAACCCUGAAAUUAUUAAUAAGGGCCUAGCAGCUGCAGAAAUGCUUGAGAUCAGUUCUGCCAAAAAUACAUUUAAGGUCCUCCUAAACAAAGUUCAAGACAAACCUGUUACUGAGUCAAAUGAGAUAUCAAAUAAUAGAAAAAGGACCACUAAAUCAAAACACGCAAUUGGAGUAAAAAUGCUUAAAGUGAAGAUGAAAAGGCUUGAAAUAAUAUCAAGUGUUUCUUCAGGUUUGGAGUCGUCAUCUUCUAGGUCGCGUGGAAAAUUAAGGAAAGUUAUAUCAGAAGGAACAAAGAAUCAGAAUCCAAUGGAUUCAAAUUGUUUGCCAGAUUUAAGUAGACAUGAAGAAACAUCAACAUCUCCACACAAAUCUAAGGCUGUAUUUUCAGGAGAAAUGGUGCGAAUUAAGUUAAAACCUGGUAGGAAUCUGCAAGCUAAAUCUACAGGUUCCCAUAGUGAUAAACAACAAGCACAUUCGUCCACACCUGUUGAACAUGCCUCCCCCUUAAAUAAGCGAAAGAGGUCACUAGUAUCACAAAACAAAGCAGAAAAAAUGGAGUUGAAAGAAAUUAAAGCAGAAAAAAAUGUUGAACAGAGUCAUGUUCAAAGUUUAACUGAAGCAGACCUUUCUAGCAUUGUUUCAUCUGCUAUGAAGACAGCAAAGGCAGAUUUCCAAAAACUAAUUGAAAUUGAAACUCCGACAACUCAAGACUCAGAAUCAUGUAAUAUUAAUCUUGUAAAAUGUGAACCUAAAGAUAGCGAAGCAGAUUCCAAUAUCCUCAGUGAACCUAACAAGGACCCAAAAACUCAUUAUCAAUGUUCAUGCUGCAAAAAGUUAUUCUCUUUAACAGGCCCAUGGGCUAUUCAUAUAGCAUCAAUGAUGGAGUGUGGAUUGUGUGACUUCAAGACCUGCAAGGUGGAUAGUUGGCGUGAACAUUUCAUUGUAAAUCAUAAUAUAAAGUCCAACUCUGAUGACAAAACAAAGUGCUACAAAUGUAAUAAGAUAUUUCCUAAUAAAGGAGAAUGUACAAAACACGAGGCUGGACAAUGUGCUUUACAUCUUCGUUGCGGACUUUGUAGUGAUAUUGCUCUCCAUCACAGCAGCCCAGCAGAUCUGAUAAACCAUUUUAAAGAGAUUCACAGAGAAUUAACAACCCGGUUAUACAAGUGUAAAGCAUGUGCAAAAUGUUUCUCAACAGAGAAGGUUCUUAUUUUGCAUCAGAAGUUCACGUGUAAUGAUAUGAAUGGUGCAAAAAAGAAAUAUUUCAGUCCUCGAAGUCCCAGUCAAACAUGCCCGAAGAGUACACUCGAGAAAUAUCGAGAUUUCAUUUCAACAAAUUCAACGGGUUGUCCAACUAGUAAAAAACCAGACCAUCCAAUAUUAGUUGUAGAGUCGUUGGGCAAAGUGUUUGCUCAUAUUACUAUACAUAGUCGGCAGCAAAAUGAAACAAAAACAUACAUCCACAGACCAUUUGGUUGUAUGGCAUGUGGCCUCACAUUUAGGUAUCUAGGGAGUUUGUUCACACAUAUCCUCGGCAAGCAUGAUGUGAAUUUUACAAGUCAUUGUAAACUUGACUUUAUGAAAUAUUUGGAGAAUAUGGGCUUGCCGAAUGAUUGUUACAAAAAUUUGAACCAUUCUUAAUGUUCAAAAUUAUCUUGGAAUAAAGUG